GGAGGAGUUCUUGUGAGGGGGGAGGCAGGCAGAGAAAGAGAGUAAGACACCAGCAACCCAGGCAGACAGCGACAGAUGCUGGUAGUGAAGAGACGUCUGUACAAAAGGAAUCAGCAUGAUAACAGCAUUGGUCCCCUGGGAGUGUUGUACCUAAUCGGAGAAGAUUGGGAGGCUUUGGAUACUGUCCAGCAUCAUCAGUCCGAUUCACCAAAAUGUCUGACUUUGAGGAUUUCAGCUGGACAGGAGGACAGGCCAACGUUUCUGAAAGCUACCAGCUGAACCCCACCAGUGUGAUUGUGUCUGUGGUUUUCUCCCUCAUCUUUCUGCUUGGCACCAUCGGCAACAGCCUGGUGCUCGCUGUGCUGCUGCGGAGCGGCCAGCUCGGAUACAACACGACCAACCUGUUCAUACUCAACCUGAGCGUGGCUGACUUCUUCUUCAUAAUCUUCUGCGUUCCCUUCCAAGCCACCAUCUAUUCUCUGGAGGGAUGGGUGUUUGGCUCCUUCAUGUGCAAAGUGGUCCACUUCUUCAUCAACCUUACCAUGUACGCCAGCAGCUUCACACUGGCUGCUGUAUCAGUUGACAGAUAUCUGGCCAUACGCUACCCUCUGCGCUCCAGAGAGCUGAGAACCCCUUGUAAUGCAGUGGUUGCCAUGGUGGUUAUCUGGGGCCUCUCCUUGGUCUUUGCAGGUCCAUAUCUUAGCUACUAUGACCUGAUUGAUUUUGCUAACAGCACUGUGUGUAUCCCUGGCUGGGAGGAGCAGAACCGUAAGGUCCUAGACACCUGCACCUUCCUGUUUGGCUACGUCAUUCCAGUGCUGGUUGUGAGCCUCUCGUACACCCGAACCAUCAAGUACCUCUGGACGGCCGUUGACCCUCUGGAUGGUAUGUCCGAAUCUAAGAGAGCCAAGCGUAAAGUCACCAAGAUGAUCAUCAUUGUAACUGUGCUUUUCUGCAUAUGCUGGUUGCCAUACCACGUAGUGAUACUGUGCUAUCUGUACGGAGACUUCCCUUUCAAUCAGACCACUUACGCCUUCAGGCUGCUCUCUCACUGCAUGGCCUAUGCCAACUCUUGCGUCAACCCCAUUGUGUACGCUCUGGUGUCCAAACACUUCCGCAAAGGUUUCAAGAAAGUCUUCAGCUGCAUCCUCAUUAAGAAUGGCAGAAAUAAAGUUCAUGUGGUUCACGUGGACAACACAGGGCCUGGGUUCGAGGCGGGCUCCACGGAGGUAUCACACAUGAAUGAGGAGAACGUUCGACAGAAUGAAUGCGAAAUGAUGAACAGGCCAAGGCGAGUGGAGCCGAGAGAGCCCACAGUGACGCUAAAUUCUCCCUUUCAGCACCCAACUUGAUGAAUGAUCAGAUCGGUUUCAGAGCAGAUUGCCUUAUAUGUACAACUGUGCAACUAUAUAGAAAAAGUCUACAUUUUUUCAUCGAUUCCAAAUUUAACUUUGGGGGGUAAAGUGGGAGGCACAAUAACUGGGAGCGAGUUAACUACUAAACCCGAAAAUGUUCUUCAUUAAUCCCAUCUUUCUAAUCCAUUACGUUAAUAUUGACAUGUAGACAUGAUUUUAGAGAAGUUUUUUCCUGUCUCUUUAAUACUGUCAGCUCAAUUAAACUCCACUAUAACACCUACCAGCAGACAUAUUUCAAUUCAAGUACUUACAGUUUUGUCAUUCAGAUCUUCCACUAGUUUGAAUAGAGCUGCAAAGAAAAAUUUUGUUUCAUAUGCCAAGGUAAUCUUUUUUCAGAUGAUUGGUUGCAAUUAUUGAAAUCGAGGCUGCAAGGUUGCUGUGUUGCUUACGAGUUCUCCUCUGUUGUUCCUCCUACCUGAUGUGAACGUCAUCACUUGUGACUCAUUGAUAACUCAUCUUCGCAAAACUUUUUAACCAACACCAUUUCCAAGUUUAGGUUUUCAGUUGCUGGAUUUUUCUCAAUGUGAUCAGAUUUUCAGGUGUAAUCACUGGAGUCUAAUUUGACCUUCCUGUCAGGUUUAAAUCUACCCGUCGGAUAUCAAGGUAUAGUUUUUUGUGGAACAAGUUGUUUGUUUUGUAUUUUGCAUGCAAAUGCUGUUCUCUCGUGUCGAGAUAAUUGUUCAUUUUAGAAAAAUGUGUAUUUAAGUUAACUCUGCAGACAGUUGUGCAAAACAGUUAAGUAUUUACAGUGCAGUUUUACAUCUGCAUAUAGAAGUUUCUAAAUAUGCCUCAGAGCACACUGUUGUGUGCCAAAUGUAAGAAUCAGGUUUGACACUAGACAUUUUGAGCUAAGAUAUAAAAAAAAAUUAAUAAGUGCAAAGUUCGGGAUAGAUGACUUACAGAAAUCUUUUAGAACUCUACAGUAUUUGCGCACAUUUUCUUGCUUUUCUUGUAUUCAUGGCAUGUUUCUCUCUCUUUAGUGUAAAAUAUUAUGCAGUUAAAAGAAUGUGUUUGUCAAUGAGUGCACUUAUGUAUCCAAGUGUAUUUUAAAGUGUAUUUAAUAUUGUAUAGCUGUGAAAUGAUAACCACACAUUUGCAGUUUUUUUUUUUCCACAAAGUACAGAUAAUUUUGAGUUCACCUUUGUUUUACUGUAAGGUUGUGUUCUACCUCAGAGCUGUAAAAAAGCAUUUUGUUUCUGGACGUUUUAAUGGCGAGAAAGAAUGUACUGUUGACUGAAUAGCUUAAAUGACCAAAUAAACCAGUUUCUGCUGUGA